AUGCCAGCAUUACCGUCCAACCUCCAACUGCUUGCACAAGAAGUGUUCGAACUAUUAAAUGCUCGAGGAGAAACCGUGUCUAUUAUGGAAACGGCGUCUGGAGGACUCAUUUCGGCAUCCUUGAUAUCUCUUCCAGGAGCGUCGGCGAUAUACAAGGGCGGCCUUACGGUUUAUACCCUGGAGUCACGCCUUGCCUUUGCUGGCUGGACACCGGCCGACGUCGAGAAUUACCGCGGUCCAACGACUAAUAUUGUGGCCCAGCUGGCUGAUCACGUCCGACAAUCCCUCAAGUCAACCUACGGUUUGAGCGAAAGUGGAACCGCUGGGCCGACAGGCGGGUCAUCCAAGAACCGCACCCCUGGUUACGUGGCCGUGGCAGUGUCAACUGCGCAGAGGACGUACACACGUGAGGUUGAAACAGGCGAUGACGAUCGAGAAAAAAAUAUGAUUGCCUUCGCUAUGAAUACUUUGGAGCUGCUGAAAGAAGUUUUGCUGGAAUGA